GUGAUCCAAUGCCUAUGCGCGGGCCGAGGCUGACAUGGCAUGUGUCUGGUCUGGACAGCUGCGAUCUUCUUUGCCUGUUCCUAUUUGUACUCCUUGUACCCUAUAGAACCCUUACCUUGAUCUCCGAGUGAGAUUACACUAAGAUGGCGGACACAGCCGUAAAGAAGGAAGAGCAGGAGCCCGCCAAACCCGCAACCACCAGCACUGCCCCUCCACCCGCCGAAGUAGCCUCCGACCCCGAAGAAGACGACCUCUCCGACCUCGACGAUGUACUCGACGAAUUCGCAAACACGAAGCUCGACGCCAAAGCCCCCACCGCCUCUUCAAUAGAAGCAGCCUACCCCAAGUCCAGCGAUGCGCCGGCGUCCUCCGGGCCCGGCAGGCCAGCCUCAGACAUCUCCCCCGCUGAACUCAUGAUGGAAGACCAAGAUGCGUUCCAGAAACAGUUGCAGAAGGAGAUGGAACAGCUACUGGGUCAGGGCGACUUCCAAAAACAGUUUGACGAGAUUAUGAAGGAGAUGAGUGCGGAGAUGGGGGGCGCGAAUCCGUUGGAAGAUCCUGCGCUUGGGCAUGGACAUGCGCAUGCGCAUACGGGUGAGAGUGCGGGCGAGGUGAAAGAGAAAGCGGUGCCUGCUCAGUCCGAGAAGGCGACUGCUGCAAAGGCAGAGAAGACCUUCCAGGAAACUAUCAAGAAGACUAUGGAGCGCAUGCAGUCUUCCUCUGACACCGCAACCUCCGCAGCCGCAUCCUCGUCUCAAGACGAUAUUCUCGCGCAAAUGCUUGCGUCUAUGGAGUCUGGUGGUUUCGGUGGCGGGGGCGAGGGUGGCGACGAGGACUUCAGCAAAGUGCUCAUGGGCAUGAUGGAGCAGCUUACCAACAAGGAUAUCCUGUACGAGCCGAUGAAGGAGCUGGAUGAUAAGUUCCCUGCGUGGAUGGAAAAGAACAAGGAGAAGGUUGAGAAAGACGAUUUGAAAAGAUAUGAGGAGCAACAGACGCUGGUCAGGGAGAUUGUGGGCAGGUUUGAAAGGAAAGGUUACAGUGACGACAAUGCGCAGGAUAGGGAGUAUAUUGUUGAGAGGAUGCAGAAGAUGCAAGCUGCUGGUUCUCCACCGCCUGAUCUGGUAGGCGAUAUGAACGCUGCGCAGGAGGCGCUUCAGGAUAUGGAUCAGGGCUGCCCGACUCAGUGAUCUCCUUGUGCGAUAACUCGUCUGCUUCAUUCUUCCCAGAUACCCAAUGUACAUAUGAUGCCUUCCCCAAAGCAAUCUGUUCUAGUGAGAUGACAAUAUUCCUAUCUUACAACGUGUGCAGAGCUCCCAUGAUGUCACCACCAAGUCGCCUUCUUUGGGGCGAUCUCUUGCUAAUCUCGAGAGUCUCCAAUUUCGAACGGUCUUUCAACAAUCCAUCAUAUCCAUAUCCAUCGCGUCCCCUCCGAACGCGUCUUGUGCGCGUUGCGGUUCCUGCUGAUACUGAUCAUGCCCUGCCGUCGCGCA